GGCAUGUGGGGCUUCUGCUGAUCCUAAUGGAAAUAGUGCUGUCAGCCGUCAAAGUAGAUGCUGGUGGAAAGACUUACACAGGACCAUGUGGAGGAAGAGACUGCAGUGGAGGAUGUCAGUGUUUCCCUGAAAAGGGAGGCCGUGGCCAGCCAGGACUCCUUGGAUCGCAGGGGUUCACUGGACCACCAGGAUUGAUGGGGAUCCCAGGAGUGCAAGGUCCCAAAGGUCACAAAGGUGAAAGAGGACCUCCAGGAAUAAGUGGACCCAAAGGCGAAGUGGGGCAAAGAGGAGUGACCGGAUUCCCUGGGGCAGAUGGCGUUCCUGGUCAUCCAGGGCAGCCAGGAUCAAGGGGGAAACCAGGUCAUGAUGGCUGUAACGGGACAACAGGUGACCCUGGUGACUCAGGAAUUCCAGGACUUGCUGGUUUCCCUGGCACCAUUGGAAUUCAAGGACCAAAGGGCCAAAAGGGGGAGCCCUAUAUACUGCCACCGGACAUAGCCAGCCAAUACAGGGGAGAACCUGGGGACCCAGGGUUCAUUGGUUUUCAAGGACCUCAGGGUGCACUGGGUAUUCAAGGACCUGUUGGUCCAAGAGGAGCGCCAGGAAGACCAGGACCCCCAGGGCCCCCAGGACUACAAGGACCACAAGGCAACAGAGGCCUUGGUUAUUAUGGAGAAAAAGGAGAACAGGGCCCACCAGGUCCUCCAGGUCCACCUGGGCUUCCUACAAGGGAACUGAUGGGUGUCCCCUCCGACAAGCAUAAGGGUGAAAGAGGCGAACCUGGACAAAAAGGAGAAGCUGGAAUCCCAGGUCCACUUAUCUACGCUCCCGAAAAAGGUGAAGAAGGAGUAAUGGGCUUCCCAGGACAGCGGGGACUGCCUGGUGUCAAUGGCUUUCCAGGACUCAGUGGAGACAGAGGUUUUUCAGGACUUGAUGGUGAACCAGGUGCUUAUGGUCCUAGAGGAAGCAAGGGAGAACAGGGUGAGAGAGGUGUUCCAGGACCUACUUCUUAUCUUCCUUAUCCCAUUCCAAGAAAAGGCGCAAGAGGUGAUCCAGGCUUUCCAGGCGUUUCUGGACCAGAGGGAGACCAAGGAGAGGAAGGAGAUCCUGGUGCACCUGGUCUUCCUGGAUUCUCUGAUGCUGACGGGGAUAAGCCAGGCUUACCUGGAGAAAUAGGACCAAAGGGUGAAAAAGGUGAAGAUGGUUCUCCUGCUUAUCAAGCAGGCCCACCUGGGUUUCCGGGCAAGCACGGCACACCGGGACUCCGUGGUCCACCUGGUCCCCGUGGAUCUCCUGGUUAUCUCUUUGGAUUAAAAGGACAGCAGGGGACUCCAGGUAGAACUGGCACACAAGGCUUUCCUGGACAACGAGGACCAAAAGGACCUAAAGGCGAAGUAGGGGACUGUGGUACUUGUCAACUGGGUGAAGAAGUCAGAAGGGGCUUUACUGGUCCCCCUGGCCCACGUGGUUUUCCAGGAUCUCCUGGCCAGCCUGGGAGAAAAGGAGAAACUGGUGAUCAAGGUCCACAUGGUAUUCCUGGUUAUCCUGGGGCAAAGGGAUUGUCUGGUUUGCAUGGAUUUCCUGGACCAAAAGGAGAAAAGGGAGAUUCUUUAUACAUAACUACUAAAGGCACCAAAGGAAUUCGAGGAGAUCCUGGAUUUCCUGGUAUCAGAGGUGAAGACGGCUUCCCAGGAAGGGAUGGCUUAGAUGGUUUACCAGGACAGCCUGGCCUUCCGGGUGAUGGCAUCAGAGGUUUCCCUGGUGAUCCUGGUUAUCCAGGAGAAUUGGGCCCAAAGGGCUUUCCAGGAGAAACUGGUCUGCCAGGUGAAGGAUUCGUUGGCCCAAAAGGGUACCGUGGUCCUCCAGGAGACCGUGGAUCAGAUGGAAGCCAUGGACCUCCAGGUUUGCCUGGUCUGCCCGGAGAUCCUGGCCAGCUAGAUUGCGGACAAGUCAUUGAAGACUUUUCCAGAGGAGAUGGAAGUGAGCCUAUUUGGUCAGGUGCGGGCUGCGUGAGACCACCAAAGGGAUCCCAAGGCAACCCAGGACUGCCAGGAGUCACAGGUGCAAAAGGUGCAAGAGGAUUCCCAGGUGAUCCAGGUCCAGUGGGUUAUCCAGGGCUAAAUGGUACACGGGGUGAUCCAGGUCGGGAAGGAGCCCCAGGUCCUCCAGGAUUUACAGGGCCCAGAGGAGACAGGGGCCCAACUGGUUUACCUGGACUGCAGGGCCACCCAGGCCUUACAGGAAAAUCUGGAGUUCCUGGACCAGCAGGAUUGAAAGUCAUUCCUGGGGAAGUUUUAGGAGCAGCAGCAGGUCCCAGAGGGGAUGCUGGAUUCCCUGGCUUUCCUGGGUUGAAAGGCCUUCCAGGAGAUCAAGGAGUACCGGGAAUUAGAGGAGCGGAUGGCAAUCCAGGCUUGCCAGGAGCCAAAGGUGAUCCAGGGCCCCAAGGUCCCCCUGGUUUGAUUGGUUUGCCAGGAAGACCAGGAACACAUGGAUUCCCAGGGGCACCAGGAAAUCCCGGGCCAGAAGGCGGGCCUGGUCCACAAGGGCCAGUCGGUCCACCUGGUGCGAGGGGGGAAGAUGGUGAAAGAGGCUUCCCUGGUCCUGUGGGCCUGAAAGGUCUGUCUGGGGACAAGGGGGAAACAGGUUACCCAGGAUUGCAAGGAAUACGUGGCGUGACUGGUCCCCCUGGCAUAAGUGGGAUGGAUGGCUUCCCAGGUGAAAAAGGCCUGAGGGGUUCGCCCGGCAUCGAUGGUUUCAAAGGCAUGACAGGCCUGAGAGGCAGACCAGGAAUCAAAGGAAUCAAAGGCAAAUUUGGCUCUUUUGGCGCUCAGGGGGAUAAAGGCACCCAGGGCGCACAAGGCUUUAAAGGUGACCGUGGGGACCAGGGCCCCCCAGGAGAACCCCCGGAGCUUAAGCCUGGCAUGCUGAUGGAAGUUAAAGGUGAAAAAGGAGAAGUUGGAGAAAUUGGCACAAAAGGAUUCUUUGGCUUGAAAGGUAGUAAAGGAAUGCCUGGCCUACCUGGGAAGACAGGAAUUCCCGGCUCCCCUGGGCAUCCCAGUUACGUGGCCGGGGUGAAAGGGGACAUCGGUGCUAAAGGCCUCACAGGUCUGAAGGGGUAUCCCGGUCAGGCUGGCUCUCCCGGCAUCCGAGGCUUCCCUGGGAACACAGGAGGCAGGGGAGAAAAGGGUAUUCCCGGAAUUUCAGGCCAUUUUGGUACUCCUGGCUCACAUGGUGAAAUAGGUGAGCCAGGAGAAACCAUAAAUUUACCAGAAAUGCCAGGACUUAAAGGGGAAGUUGGUGUGCCAGGUUUAACAGGCUUAAGAGGAGGCAUAGGACAAAAAGGUGAAGGGGGCGAUCCCGGUUUCCCUGGAAUUGAAGGCCUCAAGGGCACUCAGGGUAUCCCUGGCUCCGUGGGACCAGAAGGUUUCCCAGGACUGGUGGGCCCACCAGGACAGCAAGGAAGCCCUGGGACUCCCGGCUCGCAAGGUGUCAAGGGAACUCCUGGCUGGCCCGGCUUGCCUGGACAAGCGGGUUUACCUGGCUUAAGAGGAAUCAGUGGAUUACAUGGUUUGCCAGGUACUAAGGGCUUACCCGGAUCACCAGGUCCGGAUGACUACGGCACUGCGGGCUUCCCGGGUAUCAUUGGCGACAAGGGAGAAGCAGGAGAACCAAGCAGAGUGGAAGGUGGCCAGGGACCUCCAGGCCAAAAGGGAGACAGAGGUGUCCCAGGAAUCCAAGGAUCCUUUGGCAUUUCAGGGGACGUUGGAUUUCCAGGGCUUCCUGGGAUUUCAAACAUAUCAGGAUAUCCUGGUGAUAAAGGUUCUCCAGGUCUCAACGGAGUGCCAGGCUACCCAGGACUACAGGGGCAGCCCGGGAUACCAGCUCCACCUGGAAGCAAAGGAGAAAGUGGACAAGAAGGUGUGAGUGGACAAAGUGGCCCAAAAGGAAGCAGAGGUGAUCCUGGACCAGCAGGGAGACCAGGAGCUCCAGGCUACCCAGGACCAAAAGGUCGUAAGGGUGAGCAAGGUGUCAUCGGCUUUAUGGGCACAGUAGGAUUUCCAGGCGAUUUGGGACCCAUCGGGCCCAAAGGGGAUAGAGGACUAACUGGCUUUCAGGGGCCCCCAGGCUCUCCUGGCCUGCCUCCACUUCCUCCAAGGUUGGUUGCUGAGCAUGGUUCACCAGGCCCCCGUGGAAAUAUAGGGCCCCAAGGAAGCCCAGGAGACAUGGGACCUCAGGGCCCACCAGGCGACCCAGGUUUCAGGGGCACCCCAGGGAACCCAGGACCCCAGGGCCGCGGCGGCGUCCCUGCUCCUCCCGGCUUCCGAGGGGAACAAGGAGCCACAGGGGAACAAGGCCCCGUGGGAUUCGAAGGCCAGCCAGGCCGCCCCGGGAGCCCCGGGCUGCCGGGCAUGCCAGGGCGCAGUGUGAGCAUUGGCUACCUGCUGGUGAAGCACAGCCAGUCUGAGCAGGAGCCCAUGUGCCCCAUCGGGAUGAACAAGCUCUGGAGUGGCUACAGCCUGCUGUACUUCGAGGGACAAGAGAAAGCACACAACCAGGACCUAGGGCUGGCUGGCUCAUGUUUGGCUCGUUUUAGUACUAUGCCCUUCCUCUACUGUAACCCCGGAGAUGUUUGUUAUUAUGCGAAUCGAAAUGAUAAAUCCUACUGGCUCUCAACUACAGCGCCUCUUCCAAUGAUGCCUGUGGCAGAAGAAGAAAUUAAACCAUAUAUCAGUCGCUGCUCCGUUUGUGAGGCCCCCGCCGUGGCCAUUGCUGUCCACAGCCAAGAAGCUUCCAUACCCCGCUGCCCUGAAGGCUGGCGCAGCCUGUGGAUUGGAUACUCCUUCCUUAUGCACACGGCGGCUGGCGAUGAAGGCGGAGGACAGUCGCUGGUGUCUCCCGGGAGCUGCCUGGAAGACUUCAGGGCUACUCCUUUCAUCGAAUGCAAUGGCGCACGUGGGACAUGUCACUACUUUGCAAAUAAAUACAGCUUCUGGCUCACUACGAUUGACCAGCCGUUCCAAAGCAAGCCCUCAGCAGAUACACUCAAGGCAGGACUCAUCCGAAGCCAUAUCAGCAGAUGUCAAGUCUGUAUGAAAAAUUUAUAGAAGUCCUUCAUAGUAUGAGGAACCUGCUUAUACCGCGGUUCUUAUACGGUGAACCCUUCUAUGAUGUUUAGACAUUUGAAUAAAUCAUGUGGUGCUUUUUUAACUUAUUACCUCAUCCCUAGGUGCAACACAAAUUGAGUAUAACACACAUACGUAGUGCUGUGUUAUUCUACUACUAUGAUAUAUAUAUUUUUUGCUUCUCUAACAUGAUGUCAUUUGCCAACUGAUAAAAAUACUCCCAGCUUUGAAACACCAAAAAACUUUCAGUAAUAAAUGGUUACCUUGGUCAGCUACCCACUGCAUUUACUUUAAGAGAAUAUAUGUAUCUAUUCUAUUAAUUGUAUUCGUCACAACAG